AGGAGGGAGGGAAAACCUUUGCCUCUGCUUUUUUGUUCUGUUGGGGCCCCAGCUGAUUGGAUGGUGCUGGCCCACAUUGAGGGUGGGCCUUCCCCACUCAGUCCAAUUACUUGCUCCCAGUCUGGAAACACCUUGGCAGACACACUCGAAAAAAUGGGGCAUGCCUCCAAGUACCCGGCCAUCAAGGCCCUGAUGCGGCCGGACCCGAGCCUCAAGUGGACGGUGCUGGCGCUGGUGCUGGCGCAGCUGCUGGCCUGCUGGCUGGUGCGCGGGCUGGCCUGGCGCUGGCUGCUGUUCUGGGCCUACACCCUUGGCGGCUGCGUGAACCACUCGCUGACACUGGCCAUCCACGACAUCUCACACAAUGCAGCCUUUGGCACCAGUUGUGCUGCGCGCAACCGCUGGCUGGCCGUGUUCGCUAACCUGCCUGUGGGUGUGCCCUACGCCGCCUCCUUCAAGAAGUACCACGUGGACCACCACCGCUACCUGGGUGGCGACGGACUGGAUGUGGACGUGCCCACGCGCCUGGAGGGCUGGUUCUUUUGCACGCCCACCCGCAAGCUGCUCUGGCUGGUGCUGCAGCCCUUCUUCUACUCACUGCGGCCGCUCUGUGUCCACCCCAGGGCCGUGACCCGCAUGGAGGUGCUCAAUGCACUGGUGCAGCUGGUGGCGGACGUGGCCAUCUUUGCCCUGUGGGGGCUCAAGCCUGUGGUCUACCUGCUGGCCAGCUCCUUCCUGGGCCUGGGCCUGCACCCCAUCUCAGGCCACUUCGUGGCCGAGCACUACAUGUUCCUCAAGGGCCACGAGACCUACUCCUACUACGGGCCCCUCAACUGGAUCACCUUCAAUGUGGGCUACCACGUGGAGCACCACGACUUCCCCAGCAUCCCAGGCUGCAACCUGCCCCUGGUGCGGAAGAUCGCGCCCGAGUACUACGACCACCUGCCGCAGCACUCCUCAUGGGUGAGGGUGCUCUGGGAUUUUGUGUUUCAGGACUCCCUGGGGCCCUAUGCCAGGGUGAAGCGGGUGUACAGGCUCGCAAAGGAUGGCCUGUGAGGCUGCCUCCUGGUGGCCAUCAUCCCCCACCUGCCCCUCUGGCCUCUCACCCCAGCUCUGAGGGGAUGUAUUUCCUUCCUGCGCCCCGGGCUGCUGCCCUUGUCCCCUCAGAGCGUCCUGCACAGCACACCUGGCCACAGCAGUGUGGGCUGCAGGGCUCUAUCUGCUCGUGGACUCACCCUGGACCUUCGCAGUGGCCCUCCCUUUCCGUCCCUCACCGGGCAAGGCCUGGACCUGCCCGUGGUGACCGGGGUGCUCUGAGCCCACAGUACCCACAGAGCUGACUUCUUGGGGUGCCUGCGCCGUCCAUUAAACCUGGCGUCUGUUUCACAGCCCAUGGAUUGUGCUUCUGAGGGGGUGCUGUGGGCUGGAGCCUGGCCCCAGAGAAUGGGGCACUGGGCUGCCCCGGCGGGUGGAGCUUGAGGCCUGAGUGCCGCUUCCUCCAGGCCAGGCCCAGGUCCCGUGUGCGCUCCUGGCUCUUUGCAGGAUGGUGCCUGCUGCUGGGCAGUGUCCCUGAGGGCCUGCCACUACCAUGUGAACACACACUGAGGUGUGGACAGCAGAAAGCUCAUUUUGGUCAUCUGUGUGGCCCCGAAUCUCCGGCUCCUCCCUUGCCUGGCUGAGCCCUGCAGAGGCUGGCUCCCCAGCCUGGAACCCAAACUACCUGCCUCGUCCCCACUCCUUGGGUCUGUUCACUUCCUGCUCUCCCUGUGCCUUCCGGCACGGGGAGUGUCCUGGAGCCCACAGAGGGUCUGUCUCCCACACCAGCUUAGAGGAGGGGCUGGCUGGGCAGGUGAAUGCGCCGGUGAGCCACAGCUCAGAGGGAUGUAGGCCAGGCAGCGUCCUGGGAGUCUGUGUGAAGUGGGCUAUGUGUGGGUCCUUUCUAUAGAAAGGCAGAAGGCACAGCUGGAAUGUAAGAGGUUGUCUUCUCCUGGAGGGCUGGGCUGGGGUGGGUCCUGAUGUCCUAGAGGUAGGUAGGCAGUAGGAGGGGUGCCUGGGUGAGGCCCUCCCUGCCAGAGAGAGAUGGAGGGGCCCAGUCCUGCUGCUUCCACCACAGCCCUGGGGAAGGCAGCCUCAGCCUCCAGGACUUAGGAAGGGAGACCGAGGCUGCAGUCAGGGCUUGAAGGCCUUGCCAUGAGUAGGGUCCCAGGGGCUGUCCCUGCUGACUUGGGAGAUGGAGGCCUUCCCCCACACCUGGGAGUGGCCUCGCAUGGUGCCAGGCUCCCUUGUCCCUGGGCAGCCUGCUGAGUGGCACAGGGAAGCAACCUGAGCCCAGAAUUUGUUCUGUGAAGGAAGCACCACUGGCCCCGCACGAAGACUUUGAGCUGGGCGGCCCCUCCCUGUACACACAGGCCCACUCACAGGCUGACGGGAGCCCCAGAGCACCCGCUCCUCCUGCUGUGUCUGAGGGGCGCCUUGUCCAGCACUUUUCUUCAGACAGCACAAAGGGGCAUGUCCAGGCCUCGUCCACAAGCUGGAGGCCAGGCCCAGGUUUAGAGGGUGGUUCUGAAGAUUGUCCUUGGAGCUCUCCGGGAGACUACAGGACUCCUGGCCUGGGGGGAAGCAGGAGAGAGCAGCUCUGAGCUGUGGUCUGCAGGUCCUGGGUUAAAAGUGCCACCAGACCGUGGUGCCUUGCCUCCUAAGGGGCAGAACAGUCAUAUUCCUGUCACUAGGGCUGCUGGGAAGCCCAGGGAGGUGCAGUGUGUCAGGAGCAGGAGCUGGCCCUUGACAUCAGCCACUGGGUCCCAAUACGCCAGUGCUCCCUUCCCUGCCAUGGCCCUUGGGGGCUGCUGGGCACACUGCUCUUGGUGGCUGUGGGGGGUCAUGUGGGAGAACUGGGGCAUGAACGGUCACAGGAUCUCAAGGCCAGCCUGUUGGUGACCCUGGGUCCUAGAAGCCAAGGGUCAGAGCCUCUGUCUCUGGCUGCUGCUUCAGGGCAGGGGCCUGGGACAGGCCAUUGCAGGCCAGGUGGUCCUCCCCAGAGACUUUGUGGACCCGAGGAGCAGGCAAAGCUGCCUUGCAUCUGCCCGGUGUCUACUGAGCCCCACGUCCAUCCCUCCCCUGGACAGGGUGCUCAUGGGGCCCUGUCGUCAGAAUGCGCACAGAGUCCUGUGGAGCUCGGGGGUGUGGGCUGCACUUAAGGGCCAUCUUCCUGGGGGUCCUGAGGCCCAGCUCCAGGACACCAGCCCACCCUUCCUGGGCUUGGGAAUGCUCUGAGCCCAACUUUCUGUCCAAGACCACCAUCUUGCUCCUACGACUCCUGGUCACGGUGGUCCCAGGCUCUUCACCGAGUGUGAAGGACCAACGUGAGAUCCUGAGUGCGAGGGUGCGGACAGUAAACCUUUAUUACUGUGUGAACACAGACACCGUGGUGCAUGACAGACAAUUUCAACACCAUGAUCGCUGGGGACGGAGCUGCGCUGGACAGCUCUGCAGUGCACGGUGGCGCCACACCGGGCCGCUGUCACUGCCAGCUGAGGCGCUAACAGCGUCACCUGGGAGAAAACCUGGAAACCAUCUAAUGAAGCAGGUGAUUUAGGGGUGUCUCUCUAUAAACCAAAAGAAAUGUACACUUAAAUAAGCAAAUAUAAAAUACAAAAAA